CCCUCCAUCUUGGUCAGAGUUUGGUGUCUCAGCCCCGUCGCCAAGCUUGGGCAUCCGUCGUCCUGUCCUUCUGUCCGUCCGUCCUUCUCAUCUCGUCGUCGUCCCUAAAAAGUAAACCGACUAAUCCAAAAUGGAGGCCAUCAAGAAGAAGAUGCUCAUGCUCAAGCUGGACAAGGAGAACGCUCUGGACCAGGCCGAGCAGGCGGAAGCCGACAAGAAAGCGGCCGAGGACAGAAGCAAACAGGUGCGCCGCGAAUGCGCUGAAAUGUUUGGCUGCCGCGAAUGCGCUGAAAGCUACAAAUAUGGCCGCGUGAUGUUUUCUCCCCCGCAGCACGAGGACGAGCUCCUGCAGAUGCAGAAGAAGCUGAAGGGGACGGAGGACGAGCUGGACAAAUACUCGGAGGCGCUGAAGGAUGCUCAAGAGAAGCUGGAGGUGGCUGACAAGAAGGCCGCUGACGCUGAGGCGGAGGUGGCCUCCCUGAACAGGCGCAUCCAGCUGGUGGAGGAAGAGUUGGACCGAGCUCAGGAGAGGCUGGCCACCGCUCUGCAGAAGCUGGAGGAGGCCGAGAAGGCGGCCGACGAGAGCGAGAGAGGCAUGAAGGUGAUCGAGAACAGGGCCCUGAAGGACGAGGAGAAGAUGGAGCUCCAGGAGAUCCAGCUGAAGGAGGCCAAGCACAUCGCGGAGGACUCGGACCGCAAGUACGAGGAGGUGGCUCGUAAGCUGGUGAUCGUGGAAGGCGAGCUGGAGCGCACGGAGGAGCGAGCAGAGCUGGCUGAAGCUAAAUGCGCCGAGCUGGAAGAGGAACUGAAGAACGUCACCAACAACCUGAAGUCCCUAGAGGCUCAGGCGGAGAAGUACUCCCAGAAGGAGGACAAAUACGAGGAGGAGAUCAAGAUCCUGACAGACAAGCUGAAAGAGGCUGAGACCAGAGCUGAGUUUGCUGAAAGGUCUGUGGCCAAGUUGGAGAAGACGAUUGAUGAUCUGGAAGACGAGCUGUACGCGCAGAAGCUCAAGUACAAAGCCAUCAGCGAGGAACUAGACCACGCGCUCAACGACAUGACCUCCAUCUAAACACCCAGGAAGCCCCACUCCCCUCCUCCUCUUCCUCCACCACACGUCGUUUCUAGCACUUUUCCACUUUUUUUGCAAAAUCCCACCCAACAGUUUCGGUGCCGGUCAAACCUUUUCUUUGUAAUUCUUUGUAACGAUAUUAAAAACAUGAGGAAGGUC